AUGAAGCCUUUUAUCACGGGUCAUGAGGAUUUAAUCCAUGAUAUUUGUUAUGAUUUUUAUGGUAGACAUGUUGCUACCUGCUCCAGCGAUCAGCAUAUUAAGGUUUUCAAGUUGGACAAGGAUAGUAAUGAGUGGGAAUUGAGUGAUUCCUGGAAGGGUCAUGAUAGCAGUGUAGUAUCGUUAGAUUGGGCUUCGCCAGAAUAUGGGAGGAUUAUCGCUAGUGUAUCUUACAAUAAAACUAUUAAAUUGUGGGAAGAGGAUCCUGAUGCACCUGAGUGUUCGGGUAGGCGGUGGACUAAGCUUUGUACGUUAAAUGAUGCAAUGGGUCCGUUAUAUAGCGUUAAGUUUGCACCAGGUCAUCUUGGCCUUAGGUUAGGUGCCAUUGGAAACGAUGGAGUGUUAAGAAUUUAUGACGCGCUUGAGCCUUCAGAUUUGAGAUCUUGGACCUUAACCGCUGAGGUUAAAGUUUUAGCUACAUCUCCGGCCUCUCAUCUGCAAUCUGACUUUUGCUUAGCGUGGUGCCCAUCUAGGUUUUCUACCGAGAGGCUUGUGGUAUGUGCCCUAGACCAAGCAUUCAUAUAUGAGAAAAGUAAGACAGGAAAGCUAUUUAUUGUUGCAAAAUUACCGGGACAUCAAGGGCUAAUCAGAUCUGUCAGCUGGGCUCCUUCUUUCGGAAGAUGGCACCAGUUGAUCGCUACGGGAAGCAAGGAUGGCAAAGUCAGGAUCUUCAAGCUGACGGAAAAGCUUGAAGACGGAAACGAUGACGCUAACGAUGCAAAUGAUGAUAUGAGCAUUGAUAAAAAUGACUCAUCUAUAGUUACAAAUACCAAGCCUCUUCUCAAAGUUGAAUUAGUAAGCGAACAUUCAGAUCAUAAAGGUGAAGUUUGGUCUGUGUCUUGGAACCUUACGGGAACAAUACUAAGCAGCUCAGGAGAUGACGGCAAAGUACGUCUAUGGAAAUCCUCCUUUUCCAAUGAAUUUAAAUGUAUGAGCGUAGUUUUUGCUCAAAAAAGGAAAUAG